AUGUGGGGAGAGCUGACGGCUGUGGGGAUGCGGCAGCACGAGACCCUGGGAAGCAUGCUUCGCGACGACUACAUCGAGCACCUCGGCUUCCUCGAGAAGGACUACGUCUACAACUCCAUCCAGGUCUACUCGACCGACGUGAACCGCACCAUCGAGAGCGCUCGCAGCCAGCUCUACGGCCUCUACCCGUGGGAUCAGCCUGGUUCAGAAAAACAUCAACAGUCAGAAGCUAGUCUACGACGAGAUGAUCCUGACCUACAGUCCCUUCCUCAAGAAGAUAGGAAAUAUAUUCGGGAUGAUCCUGCAGCCAUGAACCUAUCUAAGAUUAGCUCCCUCUACGAUACGCUGACCGUGGACAAGUACCUAAACAGGCCGUUCCCUAAGGACCUAACCGAUGACGACUACCUGAACAUGCGUCACCUGCACUACUGGCUGAACUACUUCAAGAUCAACUUCAACCUCUCCAAGGCCAUCAAUACGGGCAAGCUCAACCGCCUGCUCCAGGAUUUCGACGGAAGGAUCAGCAAUCCCAGCCAAGUGCUCAAGUGGACCUUCCUCAGCGCCCACGAUACCGAUAUCUCGGGCAUGCUGCUCGACCUCAACGUCUCUUCUGCCAAGUGCGUGGAGUAG